UCCGAAGCGAGAGAUUGUCGUGGGAGGUUGUUGCGCGCGCCCUGUUCGCAUUUAUGUGUUUUUAUCGUGAUUCCGUCAACCGAAAUCAUAUGUUUUUAGCCAGGAGAGAGACGAUUGCCAGAACAGCAGCAAAACGGGCGGAGUUCUGCGGUGGAAAAUCGAAAAUUAGCAAGCGCACGGCACACACUGUGAUGAGGCCGAAUUAAAUGUGAAUAAAAAAUGGUUAGCCAUUCGAAAAGCGUGUAAUAAAAUCGUGAAGAAAAACCACAAAACAAAUUUGUUAUCGCUCUCUGUCUCUUUCUCUCUCCCAUUAUCGCUGCGAUUUGCUCUCCGUGUGUUUAUGUCUCAGCUGUCCAAGUGUGUGUGCGGCCCGUGUGUGUGUGCGAGUGUGUGUGACGUAUGUGCGUGCAAGUGUUUGUGAUUUUAUGUUGUUGUUUUGCAUGCUUUCGCGUGAUAUUUAACAACAACAACAACAGCGGCAGCAACAACAAGCAAAGCAACAGCCAACAACAAAUUUAAAUUGAGAUUUUCCAUAUAAUCCAAAGUUGCAGGCGCCUAAUUUGCAGUUAUCAGUCUGAAGUCGGUGUGAAGUGCUAUCCUGGACUUUUCGUUUUAGCCACCCCUUGGCCUCAUCUAACAUCCAAAUAAUUGAAAUAGUACAUUUGCAUCUCAGCCGCACGUUGAGCCCCUCACAGCCAGUAUCCCGAGCAACGCGCACAAAAACUAUUGGAAAAAUCCUAACCCACAAUGAAAAACGACGUCGUGCGAUGGAGCAGGCAGCCAACUAGCAACACCACCAACAGCAGCAGCAGCAGUAGAAGCGAUAGCAACAGCAGUAGCACUCACAAGCACAGAAGCAAAUGCAACAAAUUAAAUGCUCGACAAUUAGGGUCACAUGCUGCCAGAAGUUGUCAGCAAAGAUCCUCUGCGGCAACAACAUUAGAAGAUGAACAACAAACAAUCAUUGAAUGUGAUAUAGGAAAUUUCAAUUUCGAUUGCAAUUUAUUCAAAACUAGUUUUUUAACGCAACACAAACAGAAACUUAGUGGCAAGAGCAGCAGCAAAAGCAAGAGCAACAGAAGUAGACCCCUGGCGAAAACGAAAGCGGUGUUGCUGUUAGCUCUGCAAUUUAGUGCCGUAGUUUUUUUAUGUAAUAUUAAUGUCGGUUUCGUGGCCGGAAGUGUGGCAACGGCGGCAUCAUCGGCAGGCGGCUCAUCGCCGGCAGCUCCAUCAUCUGCGCCCUCAUCCCCGCCCACAGUUGCUGCACCACCGCCGCCGCCACCUUCGUCGCCACUCAAAGUGGGUUCAAAUGGUCAGUCACCAGUGCUGCCGCCCUACGUUCUCGAUUAUGAGACGGGGGGCAGGGCGAAGCUAACGCCAAACAAUGGCAAGUUCGGCCAGUCGGGCAGUUCCGGUAGCAAUAAUAACCACAUCGUCGGACACUAUACCCACACCUGGGCGGUGCACAUACCGAACGGCGAUAAUGGCAUGGCCGAUGCGGUUGCCAAGGAUCACGGAUUCGUCAAUUUGGGCAAGAUCUUCGAUGAUCACUACCACUUCGCACAUCACAAGGUCUCGAAGCGGUCGCUCUCCCCCGCCACGCAUCACCAGACUCGUUUAGAUGACGACGAUCGCGUCCACUGGGCGAAGCAGCAGCGGGCCAAGUCGCGAUCCAAGCGGGACUUUAUCCGCAUGCGACCCUCAAGGACCUCCUCGCGAGCCAUGUCGAUGGUGGACGCCAUAUCCUUUAACGACUCCAAGUGGCCGCAGAUGUGGUAUCUGAAUCGUGGUGGUGGCCUGGACAUGAAUGUGAUACCCGCCUGGAAAAUGGGUAUUACCGGCAAGGGCGUGGUGGUGACCAUUCUGGACGAUGGUCUGGAAUCCGACCAUCCGGACAUACAGGAUAACUACGAUCCCAAAGCCUCGUAUGAUGUGAAUAGCCACGACGACGACCCGAUGCCGCAUUACGAUAUGACGGACUCGAACCGCCAUGGAACACGCUGUGCCGGCGAGGUGGCAGCCACUGCCAACAAUUCGUUCUGCGCCGUGGGUAUUGCCUACGGCGCCAGUGUAGGCGGAGUCAGGAUGCUGGACGGAGACGUCACGGAUGCCGUUGAGGCACGGUCGCUGUCGCUGAAUCCGCAGCACAUUGACAUAUACAGUGCCUCCUGGGGACCCGACGACGAUGGUAAGACGGUGGACGGACCCGGGGAGCUGGCAUCGCGCGCUUUCAUCGAGGGCACAACUAAGGGACGCGGCGGCAAAGGCAGCAUCUUCAUCUGGGCAUCGGGCAAUGGUGGACGGGAGCAGGAUAACUGCAACUGCGACGGCUACACGAACUCCAUCUGGACGCUGUCCAUCUCCAGUGCCACGGAGGAGGGCCAUGUGCCCUGGUACUCGGAGAAGUGCAGCUCCACGCUGGCCACCACCUACAGCAGCGGCGGGCAGGGCGAGAAGCAGGUGGUCACCACGGACCUGCACCACUCGUGCACUGUCUCCCACACGGGCACCUCGGCGUCGGCCCCGCUCGCCGCUGGCAUAGCCGCCCUGGUGCUGCAGUCCAACCAGAAUCUCACCUGGCGCGAUCUGCAGCACAUUGUUGUGCGCACCGCCAAGCCGGCGAACCUCAAAGACCCCAGCUGGUCACGCAACGGGGUGGGGCGGCGGGUGAGCCACUCCUUUGGCUACGGAUUGAUGGACGCCGCCGAGAUGGUGCGCGUGGCCCGCAACUGGAAGGCGGUGCCGGAGCAGCAGCGGUGCGAGAUCAACGCCCCCCAUGUCGACAAGGUCAUUCCACCUCGUACCCACAUCACCCUGCAACUGACGGUUAACCACUGUCGAUCAGUCAAUUACCUGGAGCACGUCCAGGCCAAGAUUACGCUUACGUCGCAGAGACGAGGAGACAUUCAGCUCUUUUUGAGGUCUCCCGCAAACACCAGUGUCACGCUCCUAACGCCUAGGAUACAUGACAACUCUCGUUCCGGAUUUAACCAGUGGCCCUUCAUGUCUGUGCACACCUGGGGAGAGUCGCCGCAAGGAAACUGGCAGCUGGAGAUCCACAACGAGGGUCGCUAUAUGGGCCAUGCUCUGCUCAGGGAAUGGUCGCUGAUCUUUUAUGGCACCACUCAGAGCAUCGGUCCCAACGAUCCGAUCUCGGUGCCCAAGCCAAGUGGUUCGGAGGCAACCACCCCGAACAGCAGCAGCACCACCAGCAAUCUUCAUCAAGCCUAUUCACCCCAGUAUCCCCGCAUUCCACCCAAUAACUUUGGUAGCUCACCCUCUGGCGGUUCCAAGUUGCCCCUGGGCAAAGUGCCCCCACCCAAUAAAUCUAGCUAUGUGACCAACAAUCCACUGCUGAAUUCCGCACCACCCAAACAGGGUUACCAACAGAUUUCGGCCACCUACGGCGUGAUUUUGGGCAAAACCAAUGGAAAGUCUAACAAUAACAGCAAGGAGAAGACCAACAACAAGGGAAACAAGGGCAAUAAUGGUAACAAGGGGAAAUCAGGCGGAUCGGGCGGUAACCGCAAGGAGCCAACCACCCAGAGCUCCAUCAUUCAGACAAGCACCAGCAAGAAUAAGUACUACCGCAUCUCGCAGCAACAACAGCAAAAGAACAACAAGCAGGACAGGAAUGGAGUGCAGACACAGAGACCCAAGGCCAACUCCGGCGAGAAAUCCUAUGACGAAAAGAGUCGCAAGGUGGUGGGUGAGAUCACCACGAAUUCCGGCAACGGAUCCAUCAAAGCAGCAAAGCAGGUGAAGGAGAGUACCACUUCCUCGUCGAAUUCACGGAUACCCAAGCUAUUCGAGCGCUACGAGAAGAUCCAGGCCAUUUUUCCCGAACUAGAACCCUAUGAAAACAGUUCUCCCAAAGGAAAACCCAAGCAGGCCAAGCAGGGAAAACAAUUCGAGGUGGAUCUGUUCAAGCCCACCAAUGGUGGAAAUAGUCGCCAGGGCAAUACGAAGAAGUCACCAUCGGUGCCGCCGCCCUCGCAAACGAUGGCUACCCUCUCCAUUUUGCCCAUAUUACCCGCCGGCGGUAGUAGCUUCCUGCCCGAUCAGAAGAUUCUCAAGAAACAGCAACUGCUGAUGGCCGCCGCCGGAGUCAUGGCUCCCGCUCAGGUGGAGGUGGAAAUGGAGGAGAUUCCCGCGACUCCGGAUUACGAGGCACGGAAAGACCACCGAAAGGAGGUCAACGGACCAAAUGCACAAAUCACACAAUGGGAUAUGAUAUUCUACGGCACCGAAACGCCCGCCCAACCCGAGGACGUGGCCAAUCCCAGCCAGUCGAACCAGUUCAAUCUGUAUGGCAACGAUAUGGCCCACAACGACGUCGAGUACGAUUCCACCGGCCAGUGGAGGAAUAUGCAGCAGGUGGGCGAGGUGGGCAUGACCCGAGAUCACAGCAACACCGCCGCGUGCCUUAAGUGGAGCGAUCGCAAGUGCUUAGAGUGCAAUGACUCCGCCUAUAUGUUCGAGAACCAGUGCUACGAUGUCUGCCCGGUGCACACAUAUCCAUUGGACAAGUUCAAAGCGGAGGAGGAUGAGCAGGAUGACGAGGUGACAAGGGGUCCGGUUAAUCCCUACAGCAGCUCCCCCACGGAUCAUUCCCUGUUGAUGUCCAACAGCUUGGAUGACAAGCAGGAUCCUCUGCAGGCGGAGGAUCGACGUCGUCGUACUCCACUCACCCAGCUGGUGGAGGUGCCUUCUCGGGUCUGUGCCGCCUGCGAUCGGAGCUGCUUGGAGUGCUACGGUGCCCUGGCCUCCCAGUGCAUCACCUGCUCUCCGGGCAGCCAGCUGCGUAAGAUCCUGAACGAGACCUUCUGCUAUGCCUAUGUGGUGCGUAGCACGGGAAUGGCCAGUGUGGUGGACAUAUUAAAAAUGGACGAUAGGGAUACCCAGCAAUAUAUGACUGGCACAACUGUGCUCCUUCUGGUUUCGGUAAUUUUCACCCUGAUGGGCGUAGCAGUGGCCGGUGGCAUCGUGUAUCACCGAAGGGCAAUGGCUCGAUCCAACGAACUCUACUCCCGAGUUUCCCUAAUCCCCGGUGACGAAAGUGACUCUGAGGAGGACGAACUGUUCACGGCCAACUUUCUAGCGAGAAUGAGUGGUGUUAAUAUAUAUCACGACGAAGAGCCAAGCAAAAAGAUCUUUGGGGAAGAUGAGAUCAGCCACAUGGUACCCUAAAUAAUCAAAACAAGUUAUUAGUUAGGUCAUGCAUUUAGCCAUCCUCAUAGCCACCAGAAAUAUAUCUACAUCCUAAGCGACGGA